CGCGCCUUCCCCUGAUUAGCUCUCCAAACUGUGCCCGCGCUCGUUGUAGCGCACGCGCCUCUACCUGCAGCGGAAUUCGACAGAAAGGUGUUCUCCACACUUUGGCGGCAGAUUGAAAAGGGGUGGAUUUUAGACCGGAGGAGACUUCAGUUUCAUCGAGUCAAAGUUGGUCCCUCUGGGAGACAGUUGUCGGGCGUGUGAGGAGAGAUCGGGAAAGAGAAGAGUUGUAAGAGAGGGAGAGAGAUCCCGUUAUCUCCAGCAUGAUGUCCUACAUAAAGCAACCUCACUACGCAGUGAACGGGUUAACGCUCUCCGGACCGGGCAUGGAUCUUCUCCACUCAGCCGUUGGAUACCCAGCCACCCCUCGUAAGCAACGCCGGGAACGCACCACCUUCACCCGCACACAACUAGACAUCCUAGAAGCACUCUUCACCAAGACACGCUACCCAGACAUCUUCAUGAGGGAGGAAGUGGCCCUCAAAAUCAACCUGCCUGAGUCCAGAGUUCAGGUGUGGUUCAAGAACCGCAGGGCAAAGUGCCGUCAGCAGCAGCAGCAGUCCAGUGGCCAGCCCAAGCCUCGCCCGCCCAAGAAGAAGUCCUCCCCUCCCCCGGAGCUGACCUCUGACCCUGGCGCCAACGCCCAGGUGGCCCCACCGCCUGUGCCCGCCGUUGUGCCCAGUGUGAGCGCGGGCGCGGCGGCGGUGUCCGUGUGGAGCCCCACCUCGCUGUCCCCUCUGUCCGACCCACUGUGCAGCUCCACCACGCCGUGCAUGCAGCGGCCGGCGCCCUACCCCAUGAGCUACGGUCAGCCCACCACCUACAGCCAGGGCUACGGCUCCUCACCCUACUUCAGCGGCCUCGACUGCAGCCCCUACCUGUCCCCCAUGACCUCCCAGCUGUCCAGCGGCGGCGGCGCGCUCAGCCCCCUCACCGUGCCCUCCAUGAGCGGCUCGCUCAGCCAGUCGCCGUCGCUCUCCUCCCAGGGCUACGGCGCAUCCUCGCUGGGCUUCAGCUCCGUCGACUGCCUGGACUACAAGGACCAGCAGGCCUGGAAACUCAACUUCAGCACCGUGGACUGCCUGGACCACAAGUUUCAGUUUUGGGGAUCACGUUAUGGGGAGGUACCAAACCAUCCAUCUUUGUAGCCUGGGCCUGGAUUCAUAUACCCACGAAGCCCUGCAGAUGAUUUUGACUUAGAUGGACUUAGAUGAGAUGCUUCAACAAUCAGACCAUCUGGAUGUAGAAUGUUGAGAUGUCACACAACAAGCCAAUUAGAUAGCUAGAUAGAUAACUAGAUAGAUAGAUACUAUCAUAGUAUCCACCCAAGGAGCUCACUGAUGAACAUGUACAGUAUAUCUCACUGUAAGUUGCUUUGGAUAAGGUGUCUGCUAAAUGAAUAAAUGCACAUAUAAUGACUAUCCUGUGGACAUUUGAGAAGCUGAACCCUGGCCAUGGGCCUCCCUGACAUAAGAUGAGGCAAGAUCACGUCUUGCAGUACAGGUUUCUGUUUGAUGUGUAGUGUGUGAUAUAUAAAUUGGGGCAAGAUCAUGUCUUGCUGUACAGGUUUCUGUUUGAUGUGUGUGAUUCAUAAAUUGGGGCAAGAUCAUGUCUUGCAGUACAGGUGUCUGUUUGAUGUGUAGUGUGUGGUUCAUAAGAUGGGACAAGAUCAUGUCUUGCAGUACAGGUUUCUGUGUGAUGU